CAGGCCGGCCUGAGACCCAUCUGUGAGUUCAUGACCUUUAACUUCUCCAUGCAAGCCAUCGACCAGGUCAUCAACUCUGCGGCAAAGACCUACUACAUGUCAGCCGGUCAGCAGUCGGUGCCCAUCGUCUUCAGAGGACCCAACGGGGCGUCAGCGGGCGUCGCCGCGCAGCACUCACAGUGCUUCGCUGCGUGGUACGGUCACUGUCCAGGUCUGAAGGUUGUGAGUCCCUGGAGCUCAGAAGAUGCCAAAGGUCUCCUGAAAUCAGCCAUCAGAGACGACAAUCCGGUGGUGUUCCUGGAGAAUGAGCUGAUGUAUGGCGUUCCCUUCGAGAUGUCGGAGGAGUCCCAGUCUAAAGACUUCACCGUUCCCAUCGGCAAGGCCAAGGUUGAGAGACAAGGGAAUCACAUCACUCUGGUCACUCACUCUCGGUACGUCAGUCACUGCCUGGACGCCGCUGCCGUCCUCGCCAAGGAGGGGAUCGAGUGCGAGGUGAUCAACCUGCGGAGCAUCCGUCCUUUGGAUGUGGAGUGUAUUGAGGCCAGCGUGAUGAAGACCAACCACCUGGUGACGGUGGAGGGCGGCUGGCCUCAGUACGGGGUUGGAGCUGAGAUCUGCGCCAGGAUCAUGGAAGGUCCUGCCUUCAACUACCUGGACGCUCCGGUCACCAGGGUGACGGGCGUCGACAUCCCCAUGCCGUAUGCCAAAAUCCUGGAGGACAACAGCGUGCCGCAGAUUAAAGACAUCAUCUUCACUGUCAAAAAGACCCUCAAUGUCUGAGACGCACACACAGGACAAACCCACCUGAAUCCUCUUCGUCUCGUUCACGCAGGCGGUCGUCGUCUGUUAAAAACACUUGUGUAAAUACAGCCAAAUGGGUCCUUUAUAAAAUAUAAAAAUGCUCCAGAUUAAUGUUCCAGCCAGAUGUUGGUCAAUAAAGCGCACAACUGUUUAUCUACACCCAGAGCGGUGGGCACACAGGGUUUAGUCAACUCGCUGUUUGCCUCCGUUAAAUCACAAACUUGACUGAACUCUGUGUGUGGCUCUGGCUGCUUUCUCCACUUCCUUCCCUUCAAAAUAAAAGUUCCUCUCUCCUGUAGGUUUUUCUGUGCUUCUGAGGAUGUUUAGCAACAACAAAACUACUGAGUGAACACAAAAAACAAAUGUCUGAGAGCUGGCGGGGUAGCACAGGUUUGUUGUCUUCACCCCUACAGAACUAAGUUAGGAAACUUUUCUAACUUUAGACUGUUUCUACUUCCGCCAAUGAGGUUAUGUUUUUGGUGUUGUUUAUUUAUCAGCAGAUAUGCAGUGACUAAACAACAACACAUAACAUCUCAAAUAUCACUGUAGAAACAAAACACCUUGGCGGAUGUCCAGAGUGCCCGUCUAGUAUUUAGGAGAUCUUUAUUUGGCAGUAAUCUUGAAUUAAAAAAGGGAUUAAAACACAUUAAUAUCCCCUGAAGUAAGCAUUGAAACUACUCGCACUGAAAUCUGACAAAACAUCUGAUUUCGAAUUUAAUCUUUUUUUUUUCUCUCAGUAGUUCUUGUUAUGAAACUCGCAGAUAUUUCUAACCACCAAAACUAUUAGAUUCAGUCUAUUAACUUUAUUCUUCACUGACUCGGGUUCAUCUCUAAAAACCAGCAGUGAAGAAGAAUGAACCAGCUGACAGCUGGAGUGUGAUCGGGAAUAUUUAUUGUAGCUGCAGCAGCUCUGUGGAUGUUUUUGUGGCUGUAAAUGACUCUGUUACAGAAAUAAAAAAAACCUUUCAGCCCUUCA